ACAAAAAAAACAAAAAAAUCCAAAUUUUGCUCCCUCAGCACCUCCGGCUGCAGCCGCCACCCAACCCCAAAUUUGGGCCAAAAUUCGCUGAUUUUGGACCAAAAAAAACCCAAAUCUGAGCCCAAACUCGGCGAUUUUGGACAAACCCUCCCAGAUUUGGGCUGAAAAAUCCAAAUUUUGGGGCCAGCCCUGAAUUUCUCAACAAAACUUUUGGAUUUUUGAGGGGAAAACUCCAAAGUGGGGCAGAAAAAUCCCGAAUUUUGGGGUCAAAUCUCAGGAUUUUGGAGCAGCCCCAUGUGAAGGAUGCUGAAGCAAACCCGCCUGGCUCUGGGGGGAGCCGCGCUCUUCCUCGCCUGGAACGGGCUCCUCCUCCUCUUCCUCUGGGGCCGCCCCGGCGCCAAACCCGCGCCGGAGUCGCCGGUGCUGCCGGCGCAGCUGCUGCGGCUGGCGCAGGACGCCGAGGCCGAGCUGCGGCUGCAGCGCGAGCUCCUCCUGCAGCUGCAGCGCUCGGGCCAAGCCCGGCGCCGCCGGACGCCGCGGCCGCCGCGGCACGAGGCCGCCGAGGAGCCGCCGGUGAUCCCGGUGCUGGUGCUGGCCUGCGACCGCAGCUCGGUGCGGCGCUGCCUGGAUAAAAUCCUGCGCUACCGCCCCAGCGCGCGGCGCUUCCCGGUGAUCGUCUCGCAGGACUGCGGCCACGCCGAGACGGCCGCGGUGAUCGCGUCCUACGGCGCCGCCGUGGCGCACAUCCGCCAGCCGGACCUGAGCGACGUGGCGGUGCCGCCGGAGCACCGCAAGUUCCAGGGCUAUUACAAAAUCUCGCGGCAUUACCGCUGGGCGCUGGGCCAGGUGUUCCGCACCUUCCGCUACCCGGCCGCCAUCGUGGUGGAGGACGACUUGGAGGUGGCGCCGGAUUUCUUCGAGUAUUUCCAGGCGGUUCUGCCGCUGCUGCAGAGGGAUCCCAGCCUGUGGUGCGCCUCGGCGUGGAACGACAACGGCAAGGAGGGGCUGGUGGAUCCCGGCCGCGCCGAGCUCCUGUACCGCACCGAUUUCUUCCCCGGUUUGGGCUGGUUGUUGCUGGCCGAGCUGUGGGAUGAGCUGGAACCCAAAUGGCCGCCGGCGUUCUGGGACGAUUGGAUGAGGCAGCCGGAGCAGCGGCGCGGCCGCUCCUGCGUGCGGCCCGAGGUGUCCAGGACCAUGACCUUCGGCCGCAAGGGCGUGAGCCACGGCCAGUUCUUCGACCAGUACCUGAAGUUCAUCAAACUCAACGACCGCUUCGUGCCUUUCACCCAACUGGACCUUUCUUACCUCAACAAGGACGAGUACGAACGUUUCUUCCUGCAGCAGGUUUAUUCCGCGCCCGAGGUGAGGCUGGAGGAGCUGCAGAAGGACGCGGCGGCCGACGCGGGGCCGGUGCGGCUCCAGUACCGCGGCCGCGAUUCCUUCAAGGCCUUGGCCAAAGCUUUGGGCUUGAUGGACGACCUCAAAUCCGGCGUCCCCCGCGCCGGCUACCGCGGCAUCGUCAGCGUCGUGUGCCGGGGCCGCCGCGUCUUCCUGGCGCCUCCCUCGGACUGGACGGGUUACGACCCUUCCUGGAGCUGAGAUUUGGAUUUUUUGGGGGUUUUUUUGGGGUGAUUUCUUCGGUUUUUUUGUUGGGUUUGGGGUGAAUUCGGAGCGGGGGUUUUGCAGAAUAAAAGGUGAGAAAAUGGGGGAUCCUCCCCCGGAUUCCAUCACUGCCACUUC